AUGUUUCUUUCAACAGUAGCCAUUCCCGCAUUCCUCCUUGUGACAUUCAUUUACGUUCUUUCUAUCUUCUUGCGUUGGAAUAAUCACAGUAAAGAUGCUCGGAAACGUCCUCCAGGUCCUCUGGCUCUCCCCAUUAUUGGCAACAUGCACUUGUUGGGCACACUUCCACAUCGCAACCUUCAAUCUCUGGCCAACAAAUACGGACCCGUCAUGUCCUUGUGGCUGGGGCAGGUCCAAGCCAUUGUGGUUUCCUCUCCUGAAGCUGCUGAACUAUUCCUUAAGACCCACGACCCUGCUUUCGCUAGCCGACCUCAAAAUCAAGCCACUGAUUACAUUUUCUAUGGCAGCCAGGGCAUGGCUUUUUCUGAGUAUGGCUCAUACUGGCGCAACAUGAAGAAACUGUGCACUUUACACCUUUUAAGUGCUUCAAAGCAAGAGUUGUUUGGUCCUCUUAGGAGGGAGGAGGUAAGAAUGGUGGUCAAGUCAAUGGGGAAUGCUGCUACAGUGGGUGAAGUUGUGAAUGUUACUGAGAAAGUGAAUACGCUUCUUGAAGAUAUAGUUUAUAAGAUGAUAUUGGGACGAAAUAGGGAUGACCAGUUUGAUUUGAAAGGCCUCGUUUCCAAGGCUAUGAGAUUGGGUGGAGCUUUUAAUCUUGCAGAUUUUGUGCCUACAUUAGGAGCUUUUGAUCUUCAGGGAAUAACACGACAGUUGAAGGAAACCAGUGAAGCACUUGAUGAAGUGUUGGAGAAAAUAUUGAAGGAGCAUGAGCAAGCUUUUAAUGAACGAAGAGGUAAGCAGAAUGAUGACUUCGUAGACAUAUUACUCUCACUGAUGCACCAAGCCUUGAAUGAUGAUGAACAAAACCUUGUGAUCACUCGUCACAACAUCAAAGGUACUGCAUUAGAGAUCAUUUUUGCUUCAUUCGAAACCACUGCUUCGACCAUCAAUUGGGCUUUAUCUGAACUCUUGAGAGAUCCGAGGGUGAUGAAGAAGUUGCAAGACGAGCUUGAAACUGUGGUAGGAAUGGAUAGAAUGGUGGAAGAAGCUGACAUAUCAAAGUUGAACUAUUUGGAUAUGGUGGUGAAGGAGACCUUAAGACUCUUUCCCGCGGGAAUAUUCAUCCCUCGAAAAUCAACACGGGAUAUUAUGGUUGAUGGUUACUACAUACGGAAGAACACACGAAUCAUGGUGAAUAAUUGGGCAAUAGGACGAGAUGUUAAGACAUGGACUGAUGAUGCACACAUGUUUUAUCCAGAGAGGUUUUUGAGAAGCAAUGUUGACCUUCAAGGAAAUCAUUUUCAACUUAUACCAUUUGGGUCGGGUCGCAGAAAAUGUCCUGGGAUCCAAUUGGGUCUGACCAUAGUUAAAAUGGCCAUAGCCCAGCUCGUUCACUGUUUUAAUUGGGAGCUACCUUGUGGGAUGAAGCCUUGUGACAUGGACAUGACUGAAACAUUUGGCUUCUCCAUGGCGAGAGCCAAGCCAUUGUUGGCUGUGCCAACUCAUCGUAUAGCCUCAAAAGUUUAUGAUGAAUAAUUUUAAUGUUGGUUAAGUACUUCGUUUACGUGUACGUGUCUUUACAUGAAAUGUAGUUUGGGUUUGCACAUAUGGUGCUCACUUUGAUGUUAGGAAUUCUCAAUGUGUUGACGUUGUUUAAUUAAUGUAUAAUGGUAACUUCAAAUAUUACUACGUUUGUAACCUACAA